AUGUCUCAAGAAGAUAAAGGAGAAUGUACAAUGAAACCUGAUGAAAACAAUAAAAAAAGAAAGAAAGACGAUAAUAAUGUAAAUAUAUGUGGCGAAUAUGAAAUAAGCAAUAGCAUAAUUGCUGAUGGUUUUCAAGUAGUUGGAGAGGCAGCUCAACCAUUUCUUCAAUUUUUUCAAUCUGUUACGCCUAUUGUAGACUCAAUAAUGAAAGCUUAUAAAAAUGGAAAAUGUAAUCAAAAAAUUUGUUUAGCUUUAAUUGAUCGUGUUGAAAUCGCUCAGCAAGCAGUUAAAUCUUUAGAAAGACAACAAAUGGAAAAUGAAGAACUUUUUCAAAGACAAGACUACUAUAAUGCAUGGGUUAGAUUUAUAGUCGUUUUAGAGAAUAUAAAUAAAUUUGUGAAAGAAGUCACUCAAUUAUCAAACCUGCAAAAGUUUUUGACUGCAAACGCCGUUAAAGAAGCAUUUGAUAAAAAUAUUAAAGAAUUUGAAGAAGUAUGCAAUGAUUUAAAUUUCACUUUGGCUAUUUAUGAUAUAAAUAAAAAGGAGUUAGAAAAUAAAAGAAUUAUGGAGGAUAUUAAUGCCUUAACUAAGAAUAUGAAUGAUGCUUUUAGUGAACAGAAUAAAGAAUUAGCUCAAUUAUUCGAAAAAUUUGAUCAACUUAUGAGACGAACCGCCUUUGUUGAUCCCACAUUAAUAGAAGCCUAUAGAGAGCCCGAAAUAAAUCCACGGGAACUGGCUCCAAUUCCAUCCGAAAAUGAUUCCGGAAAAGCUAUCCUCCAAAGAAAUUAUCGGGGAGUUAAAGUCGCUUGUAAAAAGAUUCUUGUUGAGAAAAAUGAUAUAAAAUCUUGUGCUGACGAUCUUUAUUUUAAAAAGAUUACCGAAAGUUAUGAGCCAAAAAUUUCGAAUUUUUGGCUUAGUAGAGACGAGAAAGAGAUAUCUGUGAAAAUAGAGAAUAUAUUAAACAUUAUUCGAUGGCUGGCUCCUGAAAAAAUAAGUGAUUCGAAAUAUAACUCUGUCCGUCCAAAAGUCAUGAAUGUGCUAACAACUCUUAAAGAAGCUUAUGAAAAAUACGUUCCUAAAGGAGCUUCUCCCUUGAUACUUCCUAAAAAUACUAGCGACAACAAUAUCCCAAUCUAUAAUCUAGAAGGAGAUAAAAAUAAAUGCGAUACUAGAAAAUUUCCAGAGGAUUUUCCGGAUACAGAUAUGCCUGAUGCUUGA